UCCUGUGGCUGUCUCGGCCGCCGCCCAGGGGCCGCGGGAAGCCUGGCGGUUCCGGGCUCUGGGAGGCCCGGUUUUGGUUCGGAUCCGCCGCGAGGUAUCUAGUCUGCCAAGAUGCCAGGGUCAAGACCUCGGAAGGGCCCUAAGACCAGAGGCCAGGGUGCUGCAACUGCUAAGCAGCUGGGGCUUUUCGUGGAGUUCAACACUGAAGACAUGCUUCUGGGGGUGGAUGAGACUGAAGAUGAUGGAGACCUGGAGGCUGAGCUGUUGGCUCUCACUGGGGAAACAGGGAGCACAAGCAGGAAGCCAGCACCCAAGCGAUCUGCCCCCCUACCCAUGGACCACAUUGAGAAGUUGGCAGCAGACUGUAUGCGAGAUGUGGAGGAGGAGGGAGAGGAAGAGGAAGGGCUGGAGGAAGAUGCAGACCUGCUGACAGAGCUACAGGAAGUCCUGGGUGCGGAUGAAGAAACUGGGCUGCUAGAUGGCAGUGAGGCAACAAGCCCAGACUUGUCUGAGGAGAGGGCACAGGACAUCACUGAGCAACCUGCAAUGCAGACAGCCUUCCAACAGGCUCUACCUGCAGUGCCUCAGGCUGGAGGGCCUCGGGGGCUGCAGGCUUUGCUGGAGGAACGGAUUCAUAACUACCGGGAGGCCGCAGCCAGUGCCAAGGAGGCUGGUGAAGCUGCCAAAGCCCGGCGCUGUGAUCGGGGCCUGAAGACUUUGGAGUCCCAGCUUGCCACUGUGAGGAAAGGCGGGACGAUCAGUGAGAAUGAGAUUCCACCUCCAGUGGCCUUGGGCAAAAGGCCCCCACCCCACCAGGAAACAGCCAACAGGAGCCCUGAGGCAGACUUCCCAGCUCCAUGUGCCCUGGAGCCAGAGCACCUUUUCCAACCUGAGCCCAGCCUCCCAGGCAGCUCUGCCAUUGCUCCUCUGCCUGUUGCAGACCCAGCCCCACAGGCCCUGUUGUUAGCCCGACAGAGAGAGUACAAAGUAGCUGCUCUCAAUGCCAAACGAGCUGGAGAUCUCGAUCGUGCCCGGGAGCUCAUGAGGAUUGGGAAGAGAUUUGGUACUGUCCUGGAGGCCCUGGAGAAAGGGCAGCCUGUGGAUCUGAGUGGCAUGCCCCCAGCACCUGAUGAUCUGAAGGCCCUCCCACAGGCUUCUGAGGCCCUCACAGCAACCCGAGUCCUGUCCCCAGCAGUGGAGCAAGUACAGAAAGUGAUGGCCUCUGACCUCCCAGCCACCCCAGUGGCCCCUGCAGAGCCAAAAACAGUGCUGGAUGCUUUACAGCAAAGGCUGAACAGGUACCGUGAGGCAGGCAUCCAGGCCCGGGCCAGUGGGAAUGAGCGCAAGGCCAGGAUGCAUGAGCGCAUUGCCAAGCAAUAUCAGGAUGCUGUUCGAGCUCAUCAAGCAGGGCAGAAAGUUGACUUUGCUGAGUUACCUGUUCCUCCAGGAUUUCCUCCCAUCCCUGGCCUGGAGCCCAGUAAAGGUGCCGAGGAGGAUUCAAUGGCAGCAACUUUGGCAUCUGCCCAAAAACUGGCCUCACAAGAUACAGUCCUGGCAGAUGAAGACGAGGAGAGUGACACCCCAGCACAGGCUCCAGUGGCCAAGAAGCCAGCGCAUCCUCUGGCCCCUUCAUCUCAUCCUGUGACUGAGCCCAAGGCCUCAAGUUCUAAGGAAUCACUGAGUCCACCUGCUCGGGAGCAACUGGCACUGCUGGAGGCUCGGAAACUGCAAUACCAACGAGCAGCCCUACAAGCCAAGCGCAGACAAGAUCUAGAGCAGGCCAAAUCCCAUUUACGAGUGGCUAAAAAUCUCGAGGUCCAGAUCAACCAAGCCCGAGCAGGUCAACCCAUUGACCUCUCCAAGGUGCCUUCACCCUUGACGGAUGAAGAGGGUGACUUCAUCCUCAUUCACCAUGAGGAUCUGCGGCUCUCCCAGAAGGCUGAGGAGGUGUAUGUCCAGCUACAGAAAAUACUCCUGGAGCAGCAUGAGAAGUGCCUGCUGUUCUCCAAGCAGUUCAUGCACCAGGGCAAUGUGGCUGAGACUACCCGGUUUGAGAAGCUUGCUCAGGACCGAAAGAAACAGCUUGAGAUCCUGCAGCUAGCCCAGGCCCAGGGUCUUGACCCUCCCAGCCAUCACUUUGAGUUGAAGACAUUCCAGACUGUGAGGAUCUUCUCAGAACUUAACAGCACAGAAAUGCAUCUGAUCAUCGUCCGGGGAAUGAACCUCCCGGCCCCACCAGGAGUGACUCCCGAUGACUUGGAUGCAUUUGUACGCUUUGAGUUUCACUACCCUAACUCGGACCAGGCUCAAAAAAGCAAAACAGCCGUGGUAAAGAAUACAAACUCUCCAGAAUUUGAACAAGUUUUCAAACUAAACAUCAAUCGAAAUCACCGGGGCUUUAAGAGGGUGAUCCAGAGCAAAGGAAUCAAAUUUGAGAUCUUCCACAAAGGAUCCUUUUUUAGAAGUGACAAGCUGGUUGGCACAGCACACCUGAAAUUGGAAAGGCUGGAGAAUGAGUGUGAGAUCAGAGAAAUAAUGGAGGUUCUGGAUGGAAGAAAGCCCACCGGGGGGAAGCUGGAGGUUAAGGUGAGGCUGCGGGAGCCUUUGAGCGGCCAGGAUGUGCAGAUGGUCACCGAGAACUGGCUGGUCCUGGAGCCUAGGGGCCUGUGAGGUGGUGGGCACUGGUACCAGCUCACUGACCCAGCUCUGCGGCUGCAAGAGCCUCUGUAGUGAGAGCUGCUGCUACACAAGCACCAAAGACCGCCGAACUAACCGUGGCCUGGGCUGUCCUUGCGCCACCUCGCCUGGGCCUCCAUGGAGCAUAUGUACAGCCUCCUGCCACCAGAAUGUGGGUGAAGACAAGGAUACCCCCAUUGCUCUGUGCCAGAGUCCUACUGCCCCUUAACCUCUGCAUAGCGAUGAUGUACAGUCUAACCCAGCCCCCGGUUGCACCAUUUCUGGAUGUGCCUUUCAAAGAUGUGACUGUAAGGGAUGGAGAACAUGAGGGUGAUCGGAACCUUCCCUGCUUAGGGGAGGGGCAGGAUUCCGGGACUACAGCUGUUUUCCCCUCUGCCUGUGCCUUUGACCCUAACACCUGCUGCACUAGCCUUUCUGAUUCCCAGGGGACUGGGGAACAGGAACAUUACUUUGGUACUAUUGGUGGGAAGGGGAAGGCUUUCUUCGCUUUGGUCCAUGUACCUAAGAUGUUAACUGGGAAGAAAAGAAAAAAAAAUAGUUUUA